UGGUGGUUCUUGAUAUCAGUCUGCCCACUGGAUUCACCCCAGAAAACUCCGAUCUGGAGAUGUUGUCCAACUCAGUGGAUCGUUACAUCAGCAACUUCCAGGUUGUAGAUAAUUUGAGUGAAAGAGGCUCCCUGAUCGUCCACCUGUUCAAGGUUUCACACAAAGAGCCAGAGAUUCUGAUCUUCCGCCUUCAGCAGAACUUUAAAGUGGGUCUCCUCCAACCAUCAUCGGUGACGGUCUAUGAGUAUUAUAACCCAGAUCACCGCUGCAGCCGGACUUACACCCCCAAAGAGGACAAAGAGGAGCUCUCUCAGAUCUGCAAGGACAACGUCUGCCGCUGUGCACAGGGUACCCCCACCGCCAGUGCUUUAAGUGGGUCGGUGCUCACCGGUGCUGAGCACCGGAACUUCUCUCAAACACACGUUAGAGCACCGCCUCUUCUCGCUGAAUAUGGGACCGUCUGGUGCUCUAUUUUGACUUCCAUGGGCAAAUGAGUCCUGAUACACCUG